UUAUACACAAAUUACAUGAUCACUAUCAAAAUAAACAAAUUAUAAUAUCGUAUGUGGAAUUAUUAAUUAUAUUUGCAUGUAUCCGACUAUAAUGAUAUACAAUCAUGCAAUAAUCUUUAAUAGGCUAAUGGUAAUUAUCGAUAAAACUGUCUUGAAGAAACUCUGGCAAAGCUUUUGGAUUGGAAAAGAAACAGAAAAGUUAUACAAAACUCUAUUACGCAUUUCGAUUGCUCUGGUUCGUAGUGAAUUACAUACUUUGUGUUUUCCUUUCGACAUCAAUCGUCAGAGCGCAGGAUGCUUGCCAAGAACAUAGCCUUCUUGAGGAGGGAGCUAUGGGAGUGACUAAAGAAAGAAGCGUUAAGAUUUGUUUCCCUCCUCGCUCGUUCAGCGGGGUCUCUAUAUAAAGCACUGCGAUGCCGUGGUAAAGUUAAUCAAAAGUCACAAAGUUACUCUGCCCUCUAGGACCGCAGCCAACGAGUACAGCUCCACUUCAGCACCAAUUUAGCAAACGGGAAAUACUCAACCGGUGCAGAAGCUUUUGGAUAAUUGCCGAUAAUUGCCAGUGAUUGAGCAUUGUCUCUGCUGCGCUCAGGACCAGAGCUCACACAAGGCUGCCCACUGUAGUCUGCCUACCCAGAGCCCUAGACACAGACGCCCAGAUACCCGUCCCAGAGACCGGAGAUGACUGCUGCCAUGCCCCGCUGGCUCUCAGCCCUCACCCUCGCCCUCAACCUCCUGGUCCUCUCUGCCAGGGAAGGAGCUGCCCUCUUCCUGCCCGACUCCAAUGAGCUGCGGCAGCUACUGAGCCGGUACCAGCAUGAUCAGAACAGCACCGAUAACACAGCGGGCAGUAGGACCCGACGGGCCAUCCAGUGGACAGACCGCGGGGAGAUUCUACAACUGCACAACAAACUGAGGGGACAAGUCUACCCCACCGCAUCCAAACAUGGAGUCUGGGAUGAUGAGCUGGAGAGGUCAGCCACUCACUGGGCAGAGGCAUGCCAGUGGGAACAUGGACCUAAGGACCUGCUCAUGUCCAUCGGUCAGAACCUCGCUGUUCACUGGGGCAGGUACCGCUCCCCAGCCUACCACGUCCAGGCCUGGWAUGAUGAGGUGAAGGACUACACCUACCCCUACCAACAUGAGUGCAAUCCCUGGUGUCCCGACCGCUGCUCAGGGCCCAUGUGCACCCACUACACCCAGCUGGUCUGGGCCACCACUAGUCGUGUGGGGUGUGCAGUGCACGUGUGUCCCAGGAUGAACGUGUGGGGGGAGAUCUGGGAGAAUGCUGUUUACCUCGUCUGUAACUACUCCCCCAAGGGAAACUGGAUCGGAGAGGCCCCUUACCAACAUGGCCGCCCAUGCUCCCAGUGCCCUCCUAGCUACGGAGGAAGCUGCAGGGACAACCUCUGCUUCAAGGGAGACUCUCAGCGUUCUGAGACUGAGGACAUGAACGGUGAGAAAGCUCAGAUUCCCAUGUCACCCCGCACCACCGCCAAGCCUGUCCCAGACCCACCCAAGCCUGCUGCUCCCAACAAGCCCUCCGUCCCAAGCUCCCCCACCACUUUCCUGGCCCAAAACAUCAAGUGUGAGACCAAAAUGCGUGACAAGUGCAAGGGAGCAACCUGCAACAGAUUCACCUGCCCUGCUAAUCCAAACAAGAAAGGGAAAGUGUGGGGGACGCUCUUCUAUGAUGUGCAAUCAAGUAUCUGUCGUGCUGCUAUGCACUAUGGCAUCAUCAAUAACAAUGGUGGUCUGGUGGACACUACAAGGAAAGACAAGUUGCCAUUCUUCGUCAAGGCAACAAAGAACGGCAUUGAGUCAUUCAGUAGAUAUUUCUGUAAAUACAAAGCCGGCAAUGCAUUUGUGUGUUCCAAAGUGGAAAAACAAUCAGUGGACUGCUAUGCAACAGUGGCGGAGAUCUGCCCCUUCAAGAAGCCCUACUCCAACUGCCCAAGAGUGUUCUGUCCGGCCAACUGCAAGAACGAGCCAUCCUACUGGGCUCCGGUGGUUGGGAACAGCUUCUACACAGAGCGCUCCAGUAUCUGCCGAGCAGCCACCCAUGCCGGGGUGAUCCAAGCCGGUGGGGGCUACGUGGACGUCCUGGCCCUGGAUAAGAAGAAGAGUUAUGUUGGCGUCCUGAAGAACGGCAUCCAGUCAGAGAGUAAGAGCAAUCCAGAGGGUGGCUCGUUCCGUGUUUUUGCUGUGAGGGAGUGAGUCUCCUCCAUCUCAGGUCCUCCCACUCAUUGGUUCAGGGACUAACAGGGUCCCCCAUCUGCUCUCAAGGGGCAGGAAGUGCCCACAGGUUCGAUGCCAUGGCAACUCCUCCCAUCUGUCUCUGUCCCCCACUCUGGGAGGAAGCAGAACUUCCCGUUGGACCAACAGACACUUCUCCCUCUUAGCUAAUAAACAGUAGCUGACUGCUCAAUUCGGUGGCUAACAUCACAAAGAACCCUUCUGUCUUCUCCUACCCUUCUCACCUUUAAACUCCAGAUGUGGAUAUUUUUGUAAGAUACGCAAGCAGUAAAUGCAAAAUGAUGUGUAACAUCAAAUAGAACAUAGAACAGCUGGUGCUGGAUCUCUGCGUCUUGACAUGUAGUUAGGUUUUAAAUCAAAUAUGUCAUAUUUGUUUAUAUUUUAUGUUCUUAAUACAAGUGAAUCAUUGGUCUCCAUGCACAGGAAUGUAUAUUGAUCACUGUAUUUAAUCAUUCUGUACAGAUUUAAUUAAUUAUUUUUUUCCUUCUUAAAUGGGUGUAUAUUGACAGUUUUAUAUGUGUUUAUAAUGUAUUUUGUAGCUUGUCUCUGCUUUCCUAACCCAUUUAUG